UAAGUUCAAUCCCAUCAUCUAUCUGAUCUAAUCUCAGAGAAUCCAUGGACAACGAAAACGAAGCAGAGUAAGAAACACAACAGAGGUUAACAGAAAAGGGAGUUCAGCAUUCGUUGUAUUACGGUGUUGGGAUCCAAAUCCAACCCAAGACAAGAGAAAGAGAAGAUGACGAAGAAUAGGGUUUCAUUGGUUUGUUAUAGUGUUGCGUUGUUGAUGAUCCAUUGUUAUAGUGCUGAGUCUGAGACAUUCUCCGUAGAUGGGAAAGUAUUGAUACUGGACGAAUCAAACUUCGAUUCCGCCAUUUCUUCCUUCGAUCACAUAUUGGUUGACUUCUACGCUCCCUGGUGUGGCCACUGCAAGCGUCUCUCUCCCGAGUUAGAUGCAGCCGCACCUGUACUUUCUGUCUUGAAGGAACCAAUUAUCAUAGCGAAAGUAGAUGCAGAAAAGCAUUCACGCCUUGCCAAAAAAUUUGAAGUCGAUGCAUAUCCAACCAUAUUGCUGUUUAAUCAUGGCGUUCCCACUGAAUACCGUGGACCAAGGAAAGCGGAUUUGCUUGUUCGUUAUCUGAAGAAAUUUUCUGCUUCUGAUGUUUCCGUUCUUGAUUCAGAUUCUGCUGUGAAUAUGUUUGUUCAAGAAGCUGGCACUUUUUUCCCGAUAUAUAUAGGAUUUGGAUUGAAUGAUUCGGUAAUAGAAAAGUUAGGCAUAAAGUAUAAGAAAAAUGCGUGGUUUUCUGUGGCAAAGGAUUUUUCGGAGGAUCUUAUGGUAUUGUAUGACUUUGAUAAGAUUCCUGCAUUGGUUUCCCUUAAUCCACUGUACAAUGAACGGAGCACAUUCUACGGCCCCUUUGAAGAGGAUUUUUUGGAAGAUUUUGUAAAACAAAACCUGAUUCCUUUGGCUGUGCCUGUAUCCCAUGACACUCUUAAGUUGAUGAAAGCGGAUGGUAGGAAAAUAGUUUUGACAAUUGUUGAGGAUGAAGAUGAAGAAGGAUCCAAAGAACUGAUUAAGUUAUUGAAGGCUGCUGCAUCUGCAAAUCGUGACUUAAUAUUUGGUUACGUUGGUGUUAAACAGCUGGAAGAAUUUGCUGAAAAAUUUGAUAUUGAGGCUAAACUACCAAAAAUGGUUGUUUGGGAUAAAAGUGAUGAUUACCUUUCAGUUGUUGGUUCAGAAAGCAUUGAGGGGGAGGAUCAGGCAACACAAAUCACAAAAUUUAUAGAAGGAUACAGGGAAGGAAGAACCAUAAAGAAACCAUUCAGUGAGCCUUCAUUCAUGCGAUUUAUCCAACGAUCUUUUGACAUUAGAAUGGUGUACAUCGUUGUUUUUGUAGUUGCAGUACUAAUGCUUAUACAGAGUUUUAGUAAAGGAGGCGAUGAAUACCAUCGAGUGCCAAAUCAAGCUCAGGUUGAUCAUGCAAGCAGCUCUGUUUCAGAAGCUGAAAGCAGAGAGUAUCAACCAGGAGACAAGGAAGACUAAAUUCACGUGUACAAUCAGCGAACAUUAUCAGUAAUAUAUAGCUGGUUUUAGAAUUACCGUACCGAUUGGUAUGUGUAUAUAUUUUUGUUUAUUUCCAUAAUAUUGAGUACUGUCAAAACUCAAGCUUUCUGAUUUACACCUUUUCACUAGUUAUUUCUUUACCGGAAGAGGCUUAUUUAUUACUUUAAGGAUGACAAUGAUGAAAUUGUUAACACAUUAUUAUUUACAUCCAUCCUAGAUAUUCCUAU